AAGAAAAUCUUUGUAGCCACUCCACCAAAGAAAUGGCGACCACAACAUCAACCCUAGGCAUAGUCUUCGCAGCUGCCCUUCUCUUGGUAGCCAUCCAGGCCGUGAACGCAGACUAUUACCGUCCACGGCUACCUACACUCGCGAGCCCUCCUCCCUAUGUUGCAAAUCCGAAGCCGCUCCCAAGUCCCAGCCCCAAACCUAUCGUCUAUCAUCCUCAUCCUACCUACCAGCCACCGACGGGCUCGUUUGAACAUCAAUUUCUUGAUCCGCAUAACUCUGUUCGGACCAGCUUAGGUUUGUCUCCAUUGGUGUGGGACGACAAGAUCGCGAGCUAUGCAACAUGGUGGGCUGACCAGAGGCGGUAUGACUGCUCCCUAACCCACUCGACCGGUCCAUACGGUGAGAACUUAUUUUGGGGAAGUGGCUCCGACUGGACACCAACUUUCGCAGUGGAGUCAUGGACCGUGGAGGCUAAGUCCUACAAUUACAUGACCAACACAUGUGAAGGCGGUAUGUGCGGUCACUACACUCAGAUUGUGUGGCGCGACACCAAGAGGCUAGGUUGCGCUCGAGUUGUCUGCGAGAAUGGUGCAGGAGUUUUCAUCACUUGCAACUACGACCCACCGGGUAACUACGUUGGAGAGAAUCCUUACUAA